AUGGAGACCGCAUCGAAUCAGGCUUGUUUCGAAUGUGCAGUUUGUGGUGCCUCGGCGAAGGGAUUCCACUUCGGAGCUUUUACCUGUGAGGGCUGCAAGUCAUUUUUCGGACGCACUUCACUGCGAAAAGAACGUCCAUUAAUGUGCCGAGCCGGUGGCAGCUGUGAUGUUCAGGGCGAAAAUCGAACGGCUUGCAAAGCGUGUCGAUACGAGAAGUGCCUACGGGCAGGGAUGUCGCCGAUGAAUUCCCGUUUCGGACGUCGUUCAAAGUACUUCAAAGUGUCGGCCGCCCUGUCCGUCUCCAGAUUCUCCUCUCAACGUGAUGAUCAACCUCUUACUCCCUCUUCUUGUCCCUCCACAUCCGAUGCCCCAUCUACCGUACUCUCCCCACCAUCAGCCCUUCUCCCUCAUCAAUCUCUCUCCUCUAUAUUCCCUCCAGCUCCUGUCUAUCAAAUGCUCGUCUACCGUAACCUUUUGCAACAUAUUUUUGCGUUGCCAAAGCUACCG